AUGAAUUUCAUAAUGGGAGCUUUCAAGCCGGCUUGCAACAUCUCAAUCACGUUUUCUGAUGGUAAAGCUCGCAAGCAGGUUCCACUGAAGAAGGAAAAUGGCCAAACAGUGAUGGUCUCUCUUUUCCAAAGUCAAGAAAACAUUUCUGGCAAGAUUUCUUUAGAACCAGUUCAAGGAAAGAAGGUCGAUCACAAUGGGAUAAAAGUUGAGCUCCUUGGUCAGAUAGAAAUGUACUUCGACAAAGGCAAUUUCUAUGACUUCACCUCACUUGUCCGUGAAUUGGAUGUUCCUGGUGAAAUAUAUGAAAGGAAAACAUAUCCAUUUGAAUUUUCAACGGUUGAAAUGCCAUAUGAGACAUACAAUGGAGUGAAUGUACAACUUCGGUAUGUCCUGAAAGUGACAAUCAGUCGUGGCUAUGCUGGAAGCAUUGUUGAAUACCAAGACUUUGUGGUUCGCAAUUACACUCCACCUCCUCCAAUUAACAACAGUAUUAAGAUGGAAGUUGGAAUUGAGGAUUGCCUUCACAUUGAGUUCGAGUACAAUAAAAGCAAGUAG